CCUAAAACAACGGUUUGACGCAGCAGCGCAAAACCGAAAGUAAAUGAAAGAAGCAGAACUUAAUGUUCGGUCUCGUUUCUUCCAGUGAAAGUUAACGUUCCCCCGAAGAGGAGCAAACAGGACGCAGGUUGGUGGAUGUUGGUUCAGCCUCUGGGUGCAUGAAUUCAUCUGGAGGCCUCAGUGUGGCGAGCUGUGCGGAGCGGUUUCUAAUGUUCCAUCAUGGAUGAUCGUCUCUCCAUUGUCCUUCUGGGAAAAGCUGGAGUCGGCAAAAGUGCUUCAGCAAACACCAUUUUAGGACGAGAAGCGUUUGAAUCCAGAGCAUCAUUUGGAAGAGUCACCAAACAUGUCUCAAUGGAAACAGGAACUGUGUUUGAGAAAUCUGUUACAGUCAUUGACACUCCAGAUAUUUCAGGAUCAGAGGAGCAGAUUAAAAACUCAGUAUUUCCUCCAGGAGUCCAUCCCUACUCUUUUCCUACUGGUUUUUAAAAUUGAUCGGUUCACUGAUGAAGACCAGGAGACUGUAGAGGCAACAACCAGAGUUCUUGGGCCUCAGAGGAUGAAAAACUGUUUCCUGCUCUUUACAGGUGGAGAUACUUUAAAGACAUCGUUAUCAAAUUACAUUUCAGACUAUAAAUCAAGCUUACUUCCAGAGGUAGUCAAAAGUUUUUCAUCAAGAACUCAUCUUUUCAACAAUAAAGAUGAGGGACGGAGACAGGUCAGGGAGCUACUGUUGAAGUCUAGACACAUCACAACAGGCACCAACCUGGAGACGCUUUUGGAGGAUCUGGGAUUGGAUCAGUUCUACGAAGAGAAGCUGUCACUCAGCAAGAUACUGGAGAUCAAUGAGAAGAUCAUCAGUGAAGAGCCUCCAAAGUGUAAAUCUGAUCUUUCAUGGUAUUUUCUCAAGAAACUGAUGAUGGUGAAUGUAACAGCUAGAAAGAUAAAAUGCACCUCAGCCUCUGAAUCCAACAGUGAUGAUUCAUUGAGUGAUGAUUUUUAUUUUGAUGAUCUUCUUGCUUGUCCAAAUGUUGAUGAGACACUAAAUCCUCUUGAUAUAAUCACUGCUCUCUUUCUGUGUUCUGAUGGGUUUGUUCAUCAAGAACUGGCUCUAAAAAUGUCCAUGUGUCAAUUCUCUGUUCCUCUGCUGCUUCCUAACUGUGAUACACAGCAGUGCACCCUCAUGCUGUGGGCCAUGAGAGACAUUGUUAAGAAGUACAGACCUUCAGCUCUUGCAAAAACAAAAGGUUUCAUAGAAGAAAGAAUAGUUCUUUCUGAACUUCCAAUGAUCUCAUUUGUGAGACUGGGUAAGUGCUCUCUGUCCAAAUCAGAGAUCCUCAAUAAACUUUUAAACAACCCAGAUGACACCUUUGUUCACCACAACAUGGAGUGUGGAGACAUUCAGAGAAGAAUAUCUAAUGGACUGACUGAAAUGACCUGGUACCUUCCCUGUGGAAACAAAAACAUGGACAUCUUCAGUGAACCAGUUGCUAUAGCUAACCUUCGUGGAGACAUUGCUUCAUUUGAAACUCAAUUCUCCUUUUUGUGUCAGACAUCUGCUGCAGUUUUUGUUUUCUUUGACCAGCUGGACUCUGAGUGUGAACUGCUGAUGAACAAAAAACACAAAGCUCAGAUCUUCUUAGUGGGAAACCAACAGAACAAAAACAUCAGAGAUGAUUCUGUUAAAAAAUUGGUAGCCAGUCUGGCCUUGACUAAAAAUAACAUUCUAAUAAAGCCAAAACAAACAAGUGAUGCAGAUUUUGUUAAACUAUUGAGGAAAAGAGUCAGUGAUGUAAUUAAUAACCCACAGUUGAAGAUGUCAGUACAGCAGAUGGCUGGUGUUGCUCAUGAAUUGGGAAUCACAGUUGAUGAAGAUUCUCCAGAGUGUCAGGAUGGAAAUAAAAAUGCAGAUGCCAUCACUGCAGAGAUAAAAUAUACUUUUCUAUUCAAAGAAAAUCAGUUUCCUUUACAAGGUCAAAUAUGGAAGGAACUGACAUUUUUGGAAAAGGAAGAAUUUCGUCUCCGAAAAGUUGGUUCUGAAGACAUAGAAAACUAUAAGAGCACUCUUAUAAAGAAAAGAGAAGAGCAACGUCAAAAACAAAACUCCUAUGCAAUGUCAAGUGUAAUGACUUGCUUCAUUAGUGCAAUAUCCAGGCCACAUAGAGAAAGGUGUUACUUUCUGAAAUGGAUGAGAAUGAAUCUCGACAAUUUGUCUCGAAUCAAACUUUCUGGCCUCAGGGAGCUUUACAAGGAAAAAUGCAAAGAUUCUGAAAACAAACAAGAGAUCAAAGAAAUUGACCAACAACUUUCCAGCAGCUCACUGGGAGUUGAGCACUUCUUCCGUGAAAUGGGUCAGAUCUACGAAGCUUCUCUUUGCCUUCCAGAAACAGAACCAUCACGUCAACAACUGCAACAUCUGCCCAGACUCUGUGCUCAGUUGUUGCUGGAUGGAUUUCCUCUUGAGCUUGUAGAUGGAGAUGCUUCCAACAUUCCUCUCAGUUGGGUGAGUGAUGUUCUCUCUCAGCUCAAUGACUUGGUGUCUCCAAAGAACAAGAUCCUGGUUGUCACAGUUCUUGGAGUUCAGAGCACAGGGAAGUCCACUCUCCUUAACACCAUGUUUGGAGUCCAGUUUGCAGUCAGCAGUGGUCGAUGCACUAGAGGAGCCUUCAUGCUGCUCAUCAAAGUCAAUGAAGACUUCAAGAAAGUUCUCAACUGUGACUUCAUGAUGAUCAUCGACACUGAAGGCUUAAAGUCACCAGAGCUAGCACAGCUGGACAACAGCCAUGAGCACGACAAUGAGCUGGCAACACUUGUUGUUGGUCUGAGUGACAUCACCAUUAUCAAUAUUGCAAUGGAGAAUUCAACAGAGAUGAAAGACAUCCUGCAGAUAGUGGUGCAUGCUUUCCUCAGGAUGAAGGAGGUCGGCAAAAAGCCUCGAUGUCAGUUUGUUCACCAGAACGUUUCUGAUGUUUCAGCCCAUGACAAGAACCUGAGAGACAGGAAGCUGCUGUUAGAACAGCUGAAUGAGAUGACCCAGGCAGCAGCUAAAAUGGAGAAGAAAGAAGAGAACAAGAAAUUCACUGAUGUGAUGGAGUAUAAUCCAGACACUGGGAACUGCUACGUUCCUGGACUCUGGAAUGGAAACCCACCAAUGGCUCCAGUCAAUGCAGGAUACAGUGAGACCGUCUAUGAACUCAAGAAAAACAUCAUCCAACAGCUGGGAAAGUGUGAGUCAACUUCUAACAACAUCUUGGAGUUCAGUGAGUGGAUAACCAGCCUGUGGAACGCAGUAAAACAUGAAAACUUCAUCUUCAGCUUCAGAAACAGCCUGGUGGCUGAUGCUUACAUGAGGCUCUGCACAGAGUACAACCAAUGGGAGUGGGAGUUCAAAAAGGAAAUGUACAAAUGGGUUACCACAGCAGAAACUAGAAUUUCCAAUUUUGGUUCAUUUAUUGAAACAUCUGAAGUAUCUGAUAUGAAUGAAUUCAUCACUGAGUUAAAAGCAGAUUUCAAAUAUCUUCACCAGUGUGUCCCAUCAGUUGCGUUCAAAUCUUUCUCCUAAGGGAAGCCAUGCAUGUGAACUACUGAGUAAAAAAAAAACUGUGGACGGGAACCUUUUACAUACAAACCUGAAGGAGUGAAGGAAAACAUCAAAACUUUUUUCAAAGGACUUUUUACCUGGACGGAUCUAAUAAAGGCAAGACAAAAUAUUGCUGACAGCAUCAUCUUUGCUUGCAAUGAAUUUAUUAGUGAUAAAAUCAAGAGAAAAACUAAUUAUCAUGAUACUUACAUCCAGGAGAUCCUUCACAUCGAUGAGAAGCUGAAAAAUGCUAAAAUUGAUAAUGACAUUGAGUUUGAGGUUUCUCUGAAACAACACAUCUGUGGAUCUGCAGCCAGAAAGUUUCAGAAAAUGCAUGAAGAAUUUAUCGAAGAAAAUGAUCCUCAUAAAUGUCUGCAGAAAAACAAGGAAAGGUUUUGCACAGAUUUCAAAGACGUGUUUCAAGAAAAAGACCAAUGCCAGAAGAAAGCUGAAGAAUUCACAAACCAAUGUCGGAAACCUGCUGUUGAAAACUUCAUCUAUCGUUCUCUUGGUCCUGAUAUUGUUGAUAAAAUGAUGACAAGAAAAGAGUUCAGCACACGAAUGUCCUUCCAGUAUUCAAUUUUACUGGAUCUGAUUUCAAAGGGUACAUUUGAAAGCUUUAAGAGCUACACUUGUUCAUAUGAAGAUUACGUGAAAUCCUGGAUAUCUGGUAGAAUAAAGGAGACAUUCUCGUCUGAAUCUACUCUAUGUGAGUUAGAGGACAAACAUCUCAAGUCCUGCAUCGACCACAUAAAUGCUGCCAUUAAAAAGGCAAAAGCAGAAAAGACUGACAGUCUGAAGACAUUUGUUGUCAAGAUCUGCACUGAACUUGGUGAUAAACUGGUAAUUUCCCAAGAUGCUCUUGAUGCCUUCAUGGUUCUAAACAAGUCUGACCAGGAACAGUUUGGUCACUGGCUCAACAAGUUUGUGGAGGAAAUGACAGAAUCUCUUAGAGAAAAGUUUAAAAACACAAAGUUUGAAACAAAACUCUCUCUUCUCCAUAUAAAACCAGAGAAUGAGCUUUUCACCAGAGUGAUUGGUUGUGGCAAACAGUGUCCAUUCUGCAAAAUACCCUGUGAUGCAGGUGGAGAAGCUCACAAUCAACACUUUGCUGCUCUGCAUCGACCAAAUGGUUUAGGUGAGUACAGGAAUACGUUCUCUGGGAAACUCAUUACUGACAUCUGCUCUUCUCUUGUUAUCAGUGACAAAAGUUUCGGGUGCAAAGAUGUUGCAUUCCAUCUUUACAAAGAAUAUAGGCAGAUUUACCCCGACUGGAGUAUUCCUCCAGAUUUGAGCCUUGAGGCGUCAGACUAUUGGAAAUAUGUGAUGAACAAGUACAACAAGGAAUUUGCUGAAGCAUAUAAUGCAAACCCUGCUGACAUUCCUGAUGCUUGGAAGAAAAUCACAAAGGAAGAGGCAGUGGAAAGCCUCAAGAAAUCAUUCAACAUCAAGUGAAACCAUAGUUCAUGUUUAGUUGUAAGAACACAAUUGAUUCUUGAAUGUAGAGUAUUUGUUUCCUUUUUUUGAAAGGCCCAGUUUAAAGAAAAAAGGGAUGAGCCCAAUUUACAUGUUGGGUUCACCCCUUUCACGAAAGCCAAAAUAAACAGCUUUGGCCUAAUUUUAAAUCUGUCGAUUUGAUGUGGUUGAACUGAUUAUGUAUUUCUGUAUAUUAAAUUUAUCUGUUUUGUAUUCCAAAUUAUCUUGAGAUUACAUUUGCUAUGAAUUAAUGCUAAAACAAUAAACUUUAUUGGAUUAAGAAUGAUGUCAAAUUAUUUUUGUUUUGGUUAUUUUUGCUGUAUGGGUGCAGGAAUGUUAUUAAAUAAUUGUUCUUAUAAAUAUUUAAUUUGUUUGAUUAUUCAGUGUCAUUUCCAGAUUGUGUUUUGUUUGCAUAAAAAUGUCAUUUAUUUUUUCCCUUUUUAUCAUUUUGUCACAUUCAUAAGGAUUUAGGGUUUACAAACAUCUAGUUCUGGGUUUUAUCUUGAGUUUAUCUCAGACUUCAUUCAAAUGUAUUUAGGUUUUUAUCCUCAGCAUUUAUGAUCAAAUGUAGCAGAUGACUUGCUUUUUGUCAGAUCUCUCUACUGUGCUGACUUGAUGUGUCGUGCUAAUUAUGUUAAAUGAUUUUAUUUCUAAAUAAAUGUCAUAGCAGCUGAUGC